AGUUUGUUUCCCUAGCAAUGUUUAAAAAUGGCGGCCGCAAUACCAUGGGUGAAAUUUGCAGAUCCUGAGGAAUCUGACUCGUUUGCUGCGAACUGCUUUCCAGUUAGAGGACUCCUACAAACUACAGAAGAUGGGGGAGGAGCAUGGCUUGUAUCUCAGAGGGCAGAACAACGGCGCCGCUUCAAGGCAGUCCUUUGUGCCAAGCCAAGGACGUAUUCCAGAAUCAAGGAGGAACGGAAAAAGGCUGAAAGGGAGGGCACACAGAUAACAAUGGCUGUUCAGAGUCUGGCAGAGGAUGAAAUGGAAGAGGAGGAAGAGGCUCCUAUACUGGAUGGCUUCUUUCUGAUGAAACAUUGCUGUGUGGAAGAUCCAUCAGACUUGUGUUCUGUCAAUAUAUCAGGUCAAGAGAUGUCAGAGGUCAAAGAAGAUGACCUUGCCUUGUUUGAUAAUGUAGCCUAUGUUAAUGCUGCUGAGAACUAUUUACCGUUUGAGGCAUUUAGAGGUUUUCCAAUAUUGAGAGAACUAGAAAUGCCAAUUAAUGGACUGAGAGGUAUCAAGCUUCAGAAUGGAGAUUAUCCUUAUUUAGAGAUGGUAGAUUUGUCCUAUAAUAACCUAUCUCAGGAUGACCUUUUGAAUCUUGGAACAUUACCAAACUUGAAGAUACUUCACCUGACGGGGAAUAACUUCCGCACUAUUCCAGCCGAUUUUGCACUUCCUUAUGUGGACAGAGAAACUAAGACCAGAACAUUGCGUUACUCAAAGUUGGAAAUACUGAUGCUUGAUGACAAUCGCCUUUCUGAUGUGGCUAUAUUUGCUGCCUUAGCAGGUCUUAAAAGACUAAAGCACCUGAAUCUAGAAAAGAACGAAAUAUACUAUGUUCCACAGCUAAAGUCUGUGGAGGGAACGAUGAUUAUUAACGAUGAUGAGAAAUCUACAAGACGCCUUCAACGGUCAGCCAGGCACUCCGCUAGAAGGUCAGCUAGAGGUCAAAGGACAGAAAAACAGGAUCCACCCCCUGAAAAGGUAGAAAAGCAGGAUCCACGACCUGAAAAAGUAGAAACACAGCAAACAGCUGCUCAAGAAUCAGAAGUAAUGAAUGGGAAAACCCCUAAAGAAGCAAAACCUAUGGAAAGCACCACUGAUUUAUUUGCCAGCUUUAAUGAUGUUAGUGCUGAUUUUGGUGACUUAUCAGACGCCAUAAAAGACCUUGACCUUCAUGAAAAUGAACCAAUGGAAAAAGAUUCCUCUCGUUCACAACCUGGAAAAGUGAAAGACAAAAACUCAAUGGAACCACCAGCACAUCUAGCCUCCACCCUGCCUCCAUUUCCAGAACUUGCAUACCUCAAUCUGGCGCACAACCAGAUUGUUGAGGAGGAGGCCCUGCUUGCUGUGGCAGCAUGGCCCAUGCUGGUUGAACUGGUUAUUCAUGAUAACCCUUUGACAUCGAAUCACAGUGGGGAUCCCCCUCUGCUCAAACGUUUCCUUACCGCUAGACUUGGAAUUAAACUUGUGCGAAAAGGUCAGCAACCCAAGACUAAGCCCCAAGUUGUUGUACCUCAGAAGAAGAAACGAAAGAUUUCCUCCAUUGUUCCAAAGAUUCCAAAAUUGACUCUGGAAGAACGCCUUAUGCUUGAACCACCCCCUCCAAAGGAAGACAAAAGUCGGACUAUAGAUGGCCUUGACCUUCAUCAACCUCCACUGCCUCCAAUAGCAUCCAAGACUGUGGAACCAGAGGGAAUUCCCCCAUCGCCCCAAUAUAACAAACUUUUUGAUUCAGAUGGUUCAACAAAGUCAGAGACCCCAGAACUAACAUUUGUUGUACCACCUACUCCAGAAUACGGAAGGAUGCACUCCCCUCCAGAUGAGCCAAAGCCUUCAGUGGCCUCAACAACAGUUCCUACUCCUGCUGUUUACAGUCGAAUGCAGUCCCCUCCGGAAGAAUCCUCUACAGUACCCCCAUCUGCUAUGUAUAGUAGACUGCAGUCACCACCAGAUGAAUCGUCGACUAUCCCUCCCUCUGCUGUUUACAGUAGAAUGCAGUCCCCCCCUGAGGACACCUCUGCUGUUCCUCCAUCCCCUCAUGUGGGUCCCACUACUCCUCCUGAGGCAGACAAAAAGAAGGAUGACAAUGGUGCUGCGUUCUUCAUGACUCAGGUUGAUGAACCAGAGGAAGAGAGUAAACCAGAACCAACAAGACCAAAGAGGAAAGGAAAACCAGAAAGACGACCCAAAAGAAGAGAUGUCCCAGAAAAAUACAAGGGAUAUGAGAUUCUCCUAGAUGUGGAUGAUGAUCAAGAUUUCCCUGCUCCUAAAGAUAUGCAGGGUAAUAUCAAAGCUUUGAAGUAUGCAUUGAACCAUGAACUGGUGUACCGAGACUCCGCGGCUCUGCUCCAUAAAGUGGGCAAACCAGUACCUCCUUAUCAAAAGUGGCAAAUGCCUCCUCAGCCUCCCCGUAAAACAAAGCAACAGAAAAUUGAUGAUGUGUUAGGGAAUCUGAAAGAUCGAAACACUACAGAGGAGGCUAAUCUCGCGAGUGUCCUCAAAGACAACAGGAGGAUGAAAAAAUUCAACCAGGCUCCAGUUCUUCUUAGUGAAAUUCAGUCUCGAUACAAUGCUGUGCGGGUCAGUUCAAUGAAGGAGGCGAAAGAAAUGAAGAAAGCGAUGCAAGAACUACAAAAUCUGGCCAACAGACCUCUUUCAAUUAAUUAAAGUGCAGUCAAUCAGAUACAAACUCCAGAGAGACUACAGACUACGAAUCAUGAAUGAUGCAUUUUUAUGACGGACUCAUCAAGCUCAUUCAGAAACUUGGUAGCCAUUGGAACAACAUGAGAUGUAGUCCGUCGGCGUGUUGAUUGUCAUUUGUACUGAUGAUGUGGAAUGAAGAACUAUACAUAUUAUAUUCCAGUUUCUUACAUUUGAUUAGCAUUGUUUAUGCAUUGAUCUUUGACCUUGUUAUUUCAUAUAUUGUGUUAAUAUCUGUGAUAUCUUAUUUAAUAUUUUUGUUAGAUAAAUAUUGUAUUUUCUAAAAUGAUAAAUGUCGCUUUGUGGUAGCUGCAGUUUCGUAGGAGCUCCUAAUUUUUACCAUGGGAUCAAACUGCAGCUAGCUUUAAUUGUGUAAGUGUUUUUAAAGUUGGUUGAACUUUUGUGCACAAGAAAUUACAAUAAAAACUGUUAUUAA